UUUUCUGCAAGUGCUCCGUCGCCGACUCGCUGCGCCUCUCUGCUCGGCUGCGAAAGCAUGUCGCCGCCGCGGCGUGCGCCCGCGCCGAGCGGCGGCAGCACCGGCGCUGCUGAGCGCGAUGCCCGCCACGCCUCGCUUGCCGCGUCCAUCCCGGCGCUGCGCACCCUCGCCGCCGCUCCUGUCGCUGCUGCACCGCUCUCGCUGUCCGAGCGCCUGUCGCGCGCACGCAUCGAGGACCGCCGGCGCGUUCGCAACGCCGAGGCACAGGAGGCCGCGGACGCUGGCGCCUCGCUCCCCGGUCCCAGCCGCCCGGCAGCCUCGCUCGCCGGGCCAGGCGCAGCGUACCUGGCUUCGCUGGCUGCCCAGCCGCUGCGCGAGGAGGCGCUCGACCGCGCGCGAGCCGAGCGCGAUAUUCGGCGGACCUUUGCCGGGCCUGUGCCGCGAGGCUGGGGUAGCGACCUGCAUCCGCUUCUGGCUGGACGAGAGGCUGCUGCCAGAGAGGCAGAGCGUGCUUGCCGGGACGCACCUCCACAUGCAGCGCGGCGCCGCAAGUCGCAGCGGCGAGAGGAUGUAGAACGCUCGGCAGGCCAGGCUGAGCUCGAGGAGAAUGGGCCAGAAGAGCUCAUGACCACACGCUGGGCUCUUGGAGAUGACCUUGACGGCGAGAGCUCAUCGGGACGUGCAGCGCUUCCAUCGUUGUCGGAUCUCGUGCUCAUCUCCAUUGCUCGGUCGAUGUCGGUCGAUGCUACGUCCGAAGCGGCCAGCGUGGCAAGAGACCUGCCGACGCACAUGUGCCAGCGGCUCAUGGCGCUGUGCGGUCGUCUUGCUCGUGCGCCUCCACUGAGCGACGCGAGUGUACGACUGCUGCUGCUCGACGAGGACUACGCGGCUUUGGAUGCCGGGCAGAGCGAUUCUGAGUCCUCCGACGACGACUGGGACGCUGCAGAGCCAUCGUCAGACUGUCCGAGCUCGCUCGAUCUCUCCUACAGCUCGUUGCGGGCAUCUACGUUGCGAGCGCUCGUUGGCACGUCACGGGCGCCGGCCGUCUAUCUGCGCUCGCUCUCGUUGGCCGGCACAUCACUGCCGCUCGUGCGAGCGCUCGCUCAGGCGCCGAAUCUUGAAGUGCUGUCGCUCGCCGACUGCUCCACAGCCAUUCUCUCGCUCCCGCCGCAGACGCCAGACGCAGAGCUUGGGCUAGCCUUGCGGAAGCUGACGCGUGCGACGCCAAAGCUUCGCACGCUCGACCUGUCCGUCGAGUGGGCAAGUCCUGGCGUGGUGCGAGCCGUCGCAUGGUGGGACGCGGAGCGCAAGCGCCGGCCAGAGUGGAGCGAGCUGCAGUCGCUCGUGCUGCACACGUCCCGCUACGCCUCAUCGCAGACAGUUGAGCCGAAUGACGAAGCAGAGCAGCUCAGGGCAGCCGGUCCCUGGGCUGGGCCAGCGCACGCCGCCGUGUUCCGGCAGUACAUCAUGGGCCGGGACCAGUCGGCGCCACAGCCGUCCGUCAACGCACGCCGUGCUCGCUUCGCAGAACACGUGCACUCGACUUCGCAGGCGGACCCGUGGCUGGCAGGCGAUCCUUUCGCCGACGCACCAGCCGUACCAGGUGAUCGCCCGGCAUCGUCGUCUUCGCCGAAGAAGGCCUUGCCGAAGCACGAGAUCGAGCGAGCGCGCGUGCUGGAUGCCCUGUGGGGCCGUCGCACGUACGGCUGCGGUGUCGGCCGGCCCUCAGCCGAGGUGUACUUCUAGUCGAGGCGCGCUCUCUCCUCAUUGUACUCUAGCCCAAGCGAAGCAUCACGUUCUAUCUGCAUUGCGCGCCCUACAAUCGUGU